CAACUAACUUACAUACCAUGUACCUACAUAGGUUUGUACUACGUGCGCAUGUACUGUGCCGUAAUCAGGUCGAUUGAAGGCUUAAGACAAGUGCCCCACCAAACUAUAUCUUAUCAAUUCCCGUCCUUGCAGUUACAUACAUACAUACAUACAUAUGUACAGUACAGUAUGUGCCUUCCCUUCUCUUCUUGCGCUCCUGAAAAAGAUGAGUGCAGUUGGGGCUACCAAGCAGACCAAAGAGUAAAGUUGAUGACAAUUUUCAAGUCCAUAAUCUCCAGGAUAUACACAUGCAUAUACAUACACACACACGCACACGCACACAUGUAUGCGGAUGGUAAGUAGAGACGAAUAUCUUUUAAAAAGGUACCACGGUCUCGUCUACGUUUGCGUUCGGGACUUUGAAUUUGACUCGAGUCAAUGACGAGCGACGCCUAUGAUCUCACUAUCCUGUCGGUGCAGUACUGUACAGUAAUGCAUUAACUUAAGUUGGUCUUGGUC